GGGCGGGCAGGCAGCGGGGCGCCGGGAGCGCUGGCCGCGAGGGGCCGGCGCGCUGCAGGCUCCACGGCCGGCCCAUGUGCGCCGGGGGCCGGCGGCAGGGCCGGGGGCUGCCCCCCUCGGGCGUCCAGCGAGGACCUGCCCGGCCGGCUGCCCCGCGCCCUGCCGCGCCCAGCAACCGGGCGGGAUGCGCUGUGCCGCCCAGCUCCCCGCCGCCCUGCCCAUGCCCUGAAGCAGAAAGUUUGGGGGGCCGGGGGGCGGGGAGGGAGACUGGCUUUCUCCUCCAAUGGCUCCAAUGACUGCCCAAGGACUCCUGCUGCCCAGCCUCGCCCGUGACCUGCCUUCGCUCCCCAGGUCGUAAUGAACUAUUCCAAGCUGUAACCAAGGCUCCCCCUCCUCCUCCUCCUCGUACCUCGCUCCACCCUCCUCGGAAAAAAAAAAAAAGAUUUAUUUUUUAAUUCAAGCAAUUGUGAUCCGCCGACUCCCCUCCGCAUUAAUAAUUCAGCUCCCGGGCCUCGUUUCGGAGUGUAAAGAGGGGGUGCGGUCUCCCCCACAAGACGGGGCGCUGGAAGGGCAGAUUCCCGGGGCCGACCCACAUACACCAUGAAGAGGUGCAAAUCAGACGAGCUGCAGCAACAGCAGGGCGAGGAGGAUGGAGCUGGGCUGGACGAUGCCGCGAGCCACCUGCCGGCCACGGACCUCCGGCCUGGGGAGGCCACGGGUGCUAACUCGGCCGGCGGGCCAACUCCCGACGCGGGCGCUGCCGCCGCGCCCAACCCGGGCCCCCGGAGCAAGCCUCCUGAUUUAAAGAAAAUCCAGCAGCUCUCCGAGGGCUCCAUGUUUGGCCACGGCCUGAAGCACCUGUUCCACAGCCGCCGCAGGUCCAGGGAGCGGGAGCACCAGCCGGCCCCGGACGCGCAGCUGCCCCCGUCCCAGCACCCGGGCCCGUGGGACCAUGACUCCCCGGACGAGAAGGAGCGCUCCCCGGAGAUGCACCGCGUCUCCUACGCCGUGUCCCUGCACGACCUGCCCGCCCGGCCCACCGCCUUCAACCGCGUGCUGCAGCAGAUCCGCUCCCGGCCCUCCAUCAAGCGGGGCGCCAGCCUGCACAGCGGCGGCGGGGGCGGCGGCGGUGGGGGCGGCAGCCGGCGCACCAAGAGCAGCUCGCUGGAGCCCCAGCGCGGCAGCCCCCACCUGCUGCGCAAGGGCCCCCAGGACAGCAGCCUGGCCGCGCUCCUGCACCAGCACCAGUGCCGCCCCCGCUCCUCCUCCACCACCGACACCGCCCUGCUGCUGGCCGACGGUGCCACCGUGUGCCUCCUGGCCGAGGAGGCGGAGGGCGGCAGUGACAAGGUCGACAAGGGGGACGUCGCGGCCCUGGGCCUCGCCGGCGGCCCCGGCCAUGGUGACUCGGACGGCCCCAUCAGCCUGGACGUGCCCGACGGGGCCCCCGACCCGCAGCGCACCAAGGCGGCCAUCGGGCACCUGCACCAGAAGAUCCUGAAGAUCACGGAGCAGAUCAAGAUCGAGCAGGAGGCGCGGGACGACAACGUGGCCGAGUACCUGAAGCUGGCCAACAACGCGGACAAGCAGCAGGCGGCCCGCAUCAAGCAGGUGUUCGAGAAGAAGAACCAGAAGUCGGCGCAGACCAUCGCGCAGCUGCACAAGAAGCUGGAGCACUACCGCCGGCGCCUGCGCGAGAUCGAGCAGAACGGCCCGUCGCGGCAGCCCAAGGACGUGCUGCGGGACAUGCAGCAGGGCCUCAAGGACGUGGGCGCCAACGUGCGCGCGGGCAUCAGCGGCUUCGGCGGCGGCGUGGUGGAGGGCGUCAAGGGCAGCCUGUCGGGCCUGUCGCAGGCCACGCACACGGCCGUGGUGUCCAAGCCCCGCGAGUUCGCCAGCCUCAUCCGCAACAAGUUCGGCAGCGCCGACAACAUCGCGCACCUGAAGGACCCGCUGGACGACGGCGCCCCCGAGGAGGCGGCGCGCGCGCUGAGCGGCAGCGCCACGCUCGUGUCCAGCCCCAAGUACGGCAGCGACGACGAGUGCUCCAGCGCCAGCGCCAGCUCGGCGGGGGCGGGCAGCAACUCCGGGGCGGCGGGCGCGCUGGGCAGCCCCAGGUCCAACACGCUGUACGGGGCCCCCGCCAACCUGGACGCGCUGCUGGAGGAGCUGCGGGACAUCAAGGAGGGCCAGGCCCACUUGGAGGGCUCCAUGGAGGACCUGAAGGCCCAGCUGCAGAGGGACUACACCUACAUGACCCAGUGUCUGCAGGAGGAGCGCUACAGGUACGAGCGGCUGGAGGAGCAGCUCAACGACCUGACAGAGCUUCACCAGAACGAAAUGACCAACCUGAAGCAGGAGCUGGCCAGCAUGGAGGAGAAGGUGGCCUACCAGUCCUAUGAGAGGGCUCGCGACAUCCAGGAGGCCGUGGAGUCCUGCCUGACCCGCGUCACCAAGCUGGAGCUGCAGCAGCAGCAGCAGCAGGUGGUCCAGCUGGAGGGCGUGGAGAAUGCCAACGCGCGGGCCCUGCUGGGCAAGUUCAUCAACGUGAUCCUGGCGCUCAUGGCCGUGCUGCUGGUGUUCGUGUCCACCAUCGCCAACUUCAUCACGCCGCUCAUGAAGACGCGCCUGCGGGUCACCAGCACGGCCCUCCUGCUCCUCAUCCUCUUCCUCCUCUGGAAGCACUGGGACUCCCUCACCUACCUCCUGGAGCACGUGCUGCUGCCCAGCUGAGCGCCCGCGGGCCAGGAGGGGCCUCCCCCGGGGCGUCUUCCACGCGCCCCCCAGGCGGUCUCCGGUCCCAAGCCUCCAUCCCAGCAGCGCUGCCCCUUCUCCCGCGCCUGCUUCUGCCCGCCGCCUUCUCCCUGUUGGCCCACGGGGAGCUUCGGAGGCAGUGCCCGAGACUGAGAACACAGAGGGGAUACCGGGAGCAGCCGGAGCAGGAGCCCCCCGGCCACCCCUGGGUCCCAGCCCCCGCGCAGAGACAGGAGGACCACGGGGAGGCACUGCCGGGCCUAGGGAGCCCAGAGCAGGGCGGGGAGGGGCUCCCCAGCCUGAGAGCGGGGCUCAGCCCCCCCCUCCAGCCCUCCCUCCCGCGCUGGUUGGCGCCUGGUUUCUGGCUCCAAGCCUCUGGGAUGGUAGGGCACAGGUUCCCCCCACCACCCCACCCCCGGGCGUGGCUGGGACCGUAGUUUUCCCUGUUAUUCUUUCUUCCUGUCACUGAGUCCGCUACCUUCAGGGAAACAGGCCCCAGGGGCCCUGAGACUCGAGCCGCCCAAGUCCUCAGGCCUCUGGGAGCACGUCUGGUUCUAUUUAUUAUUUAUUUAUUCAUCCUUCCCUUGCCCUCCCCCCCCCCAGCUCCCCUGGGGAGCUGUGGCAGAGACGGGGCCUGCCCGCCCAUCCCUGGCCUGGCCGGGAGUGCGGGCGGCACUGGGCCAGUGCAGCCGCUUUUCUACGUCUAUUUAUUUUGUACGUGUGUCUGUGUGUCCGUGUGUCUGUGUGGCGGAGGUGGUUUGUGGCUUUCUUUAAGGCUCUGGGGUGCGCUGUGUGGCUCCUCGCCUCCGGUCCCCGCUUCCCGGCGGAAGGGGCGCGAGGGCCUCCUGGCAGCAGAGGGCAGUGCCUGCCAGCUGUUGCGGAGUUUCCUGAGAAAUAAAGAUUCUCUAAAUUUUCAAACCA